ACAAAAUUGUUCGUUCUUUAGCUAUUAACGCCCCAUCAAACGGCUAAAUACCCGGGCUAUUUACAUCCGUCGGUGUUAUUACAUGCACAUAGAUGCAGGGGAAGUUUUUGCUGUUGGUGACUGCGUCUGUGGGCGUCCUGUGUUUGAUUGCGACGCUCCUCUGGAUCAGCGAAGACCCAUUUGACGCCCAAAGUACGCCAGUGUUGUGGAGAAUGAACAAAUUAAAUAAAGUGCAAAGGGAGAUUUUAGACUACAUUGAUCGCCUUUACUGUAAUGCCUUCGACGUGCUGCCAUCUGGCGGAUUUUGUGUGAGUGACACAAAGGCGUUUAAUGGCGGGAAUUUCCACUGGGAUGGCAAGCUCUGCAGGGCGCUGGAGGACCUGUUCGGACGCGCGACCGUGGCUGACUUCGGCGCCGGUCUGGGUCACUACGGCCAGUGCUUCCUCAGGAGUAACGAGAGCUUCGUGGCCAGCGAGGAUAGGAUCGAAAUGGCGAAAAUGGCGGCGAAGUUCGAGCAGGAGAUGGCGGGCGCGAAUCUGACCGGCAGAGGGCAGGUCGUUCGCUCGUGGAAAGGUUGGGACGCGGCAGCCAACGUGAGCCGCCUGAGCCACGGGCGAAUCCGGCGGCUGAACCUCGCUCGCCGCGCGGACGUCGGCGAGAGGUUCGACUGGGUUCUGAGCCUCGAGGUCGGCGAGCACAUCCCGAGGCAGUCCGAGGGGGUCUUCCUCGAUAACCUCGUGAGGCACGCCUGCACAGGCAUCGUCCUGUCGUGGGCCGUGCCAGGUCAGGAUGGGCACCACCACGUCAACAACCGAGAAAAUGACUAUAUUAAGGCGAGCAUGACGAAGCGGGGUUUAGUGGUCGACGCGGAGGCCGAGAGGAAGCUGCGGGAGGCUGCCACGCUGUUUUGGUUCAAGGACACACUUAUGGUUUUCAAGUUCCCGGCGAAGAGGUGUUGUGCACACUCGAAAGCAGUUAUUUGUGCCUUUGAGCUUGGAGGCAAUUUAUCAAGUGUAACGCCUAUUACAGAGCAGUGA